CCUGCCUUUUCUUCCUGCCCGCUUCCACAUUUUACUUGUAUCAAAAGCCGGAUAAAAAACCGCAAAAGUGAUCAAUUAUUUACCCCGCUUUGCUCCUCUUUUGAAAUUAGAAGAAAACUGCCGCGGGCGGAAAAAAAAAUGUCACUGAAGAAUUAUUUUUUUCGAACCGGAGCCUGAAGGACCCAAUCAAUUAAUUAAGAAGAAUCUACUAUCUUUGUUGCAUUUCUCGUCCGCGACGUACGCGUCGUCUCUGAAGCUAAGCAAGAGGCGCAGUGACAAGGACACCUAUGGAUUGACUAUUGAGUUAAUUAGAGUUACAGUGUCUGUCUCUGAGCCUCCUUUUCUUUUCCUUUGCGACCAAGGAGACGCGAACGGAGCUCCAAUCCUGUCUCCUUCCUUUCUUAGCCGCGUCAAGGACGGGACGGCCCGGCGUACACUCCUAGGCAAAUUGCAGCACACGUAGAACCUUUCAUCCUGCAUUGGCCGGCCCGCAGCGGCAGCAUCUCUCUUAUUACAGCGCCCAGCUGCCGGCAAACUGAUCCACUGACUUUUUCUUUCUCACCUUCCUUUAAAGCACACACAUAUACUACCUGCCUCAGAUAUUCGUUCGUUUAUUUCGUUGCAUAUAGACCACACGGGUUUGGUUUUGUUAAUUUGGUGGUUGGGUUUCAUUUCCAUUUCUCCUGGUCAAUUCACGCGGACGGACCAGAAUUUUCAUUGGAACCUCCUCCCCUAGCUCAUCCCCUUCGACUCCAAGCAAACGAGACCAUCUGACGGUCUGACCUGAAUCUAGCAAGAGCAUAAAACAUGGCACCAUGGGGACGACGACGACGACGAGCGAGCGGAGCUUCCUUGGUUGAGUCAGAGGGCGAGCCCGCAAUGGUGGACGCGGAGGCGACAUUAUCAUCAACGGCGACGGCGGUGCUGACGGCGCCGCUGUCACUGGAAGGCGGGCUGGCGGCGGAGCUCCGACCGGCCAACCUCGUGCAGCGGGUGCUCAGCCUCUUCCGCAACGUGCGCCCGGGCUCCGAUCUCUCGCACUUCCAGCUGCCGGCCACGUUCAACCUGCCCAAGUCGCAGCUCCAGCUGUACGGCGAAGGCGUCUACUGCACCGGCGACGACCAUCUGAGCCGCUGCGCCACAGGCAAGGACAGCCUCGAGCGGCUCACGGCGGUCGUCGCGUGGAGCAUCUCGACGACUAGGCCGCCCAUCUUCGGCUUCGCUCCUUACAACCCUGUCCUCGGGGAGACCCACCAUGUCUCCAGAGGGUCACUCCAUGUCCUCCUUGAGCAGGUGUCUCAUCAUCCCCCGGUCUCCGCGCUUCAUGCGACCGAUGAUGGCGGGAACGUCGAGCUCCUCUGGUGCCAAAUUCCAAAUCCAAAAUUCAAUGGCGCCAGCAUAGAGGCAACAGUGAAAGGCAAGAGGCAAGUGAAGCUUCUGAAGUUCAAUGAGACAUAUGAGGUGGACUGUCCCAACCUGCUCAUAAGGCUACUGCCUGCGCCAUCCGUCGAGUGGUCCGGGACUGUCAGGAUCGCCUGCAAGGACUCCGGUCUCGAGGCCGAGCUGUGCUACUACCGGAGCCACUCGUUCCUGGGGCUGGGAGGCGAUGCGAGGUGCAUAAAGGGCAAAGUGUUCUGUUCAUCGAGCCCGCAGGACACGGUCUGCGAGAUCGAUGGCCACUGGGACAGGACCGUCUCGCUCAAGGAUGUUGGCAGCGGGGAGGUCUCGGUUCUCUACGAUGCGAAGAGCGCCAUUGGUAACCUCACCACGCCAGAGGUUAAAGAUCAAGAGGGGUUGUCACCUUCGGAAUCGGCAUUGGUCUGGGGCGAGGUCAGCGAAGCUAUCCUGGCAAAAGAUUGGGAGAAAGCUAGCGAGGCGAAGCGUCGCGUCGAGGACACAGCUAGGAAGCUUGAGAAGGAGAGGAAUGAGAAGGGGGAGGUGUGGAUGCCCAAGCACUUCUCACUGUCUCAGGACAAGAAUGGAAGCUGGGAGUGCUGGCCAUUGGAUAAAUCAGUGCGUCCAGCUCCUAUUAUUGUCCCUUCUUCAUGACAGUAGCUAGAGAUUACCUGUAACAGAUGUUGUUGUUGUUGUUAUAUAAUAAUAAAGCUGAUGAUUCUUUACAUGUUUUA